AUGGCAAUGGACUGCCCGGAGUUGAAGAAGCCCAAGGGGAUCCACUUCGAGCGCUUCCGGGUCAUAGGUGGCAAGGAGCUUGCAGCAAAGGUUCCUGGCUGGGCGUUCGGGCGCUCAUGUGCAAAGAUGUUGAACGCCUUCCUCAAGGAGAAGGACAAGUCUGAUCUGAGGGAAAAGUUGGAGGAGGCCCGUGAUGCUGUCAAGGCAAUAGAAGGCCGCCUGUGCAAGGCCAAGGACAAGAAGAAGGGAAAGAAGCUUCGGGAAGGCAGGGAGGAGAAGCGCAAAAAGAAAGAUAAAGGGAGAAGGCGGCAUUCACCCACUUCGAGUGGUGAAAAGGAUAAGGUGAAGAAGAAGGAAAAGCACCGUACCGGGUCCGCCCGUGACAAGAAAAGGGAAAAAGAUGGAGAGGAGCCUCCCAGAAAGGGGAAGAAGAAGAGAAGGUCGUCGUCAAGGAGGUCUACCAGCUCGGACAGUGAUGGCGAUGCCCUCUUUGGAGGAAAAGGUCGUGAAGAUGUUGGCGGCGACAGGGAUCGCGGCCCAUGUGGUGGAGGUGAGGUGGUGAAGUUCAGGGACACCACAGACUCGGAGAGUGAGUCUUUUCGCGAUGCCCCCACGGACCGAAAGGUAUGCGAUGAACAAGCCGGGACCCCUAGCCUCGAGAAUGUUGCUCAAAAUGCAGCAGGAGGGGUGUCCCAAGGGUCCGUGGGGGCAGAUCCCGCCCAAGUGGGCCUGACACCGCAAGCUCAAGCAGCAGACCUGCUCUCUCAGCGGGUGAAAGCCUUGGAGAAGGCUACAGUCGACUCCCACUGGGGGUCGGCUCAGUUCUUAGAGCUGCUGAGCCCCGAGACGGCGGACCCGCUGGAACGCGACGAGGAGGUGUUCACCAACAGGGAGUGGCUGUUGGAGAUGAAGCUCAAGAACAUGAGCAGUGGAAGAAGCAAGCGAAAGGAGAUCAGAAAGGAGACCGCGAAAAAGGCGGAAAGAAAGGGAAAGAAAAAGGCAAAGGAAAGGGCACUCCGAAGGAGAAGCCAAAAGAGGUGUUUUCGCAAGAUGGGGCGCCCCCCGUCCGAGGAGAUGACCUUUUACCAAUCGAUCCGAAAGAGGACCGAUGUCGCAGCGAGCAUUUUUCCCGCGCUAUGGGCGCCCCAGUCGCGAGUGAGCGAGGAGGUCCUCCGCACGGUGGGGGGAUGCCGCUAUACCAUCUCAGUGCUGACCUACUUGCGUGACAACCCCCUCGUGCGCGCAGCAGAGGCAUCCAGCGUGAUGGCCGCCUUAAUAAGGGCAGGAGUUCAGGCCGGUGGCAACGGGAGGCCUGAACCCGGCCCGACGAGCUGCGACGAGGAUACCAGGUGGGAUGAUAUGCGCCGACAGGAGCUUACGAAGCUGUUGGACAAUGACCAAGCCCGCAGCCCUGGAGAGAAAAGCAGAUGCGUUGCUGCCGGUGGGACAGCAGCUUACGAAGCUGUACGGAAAAUGACCAAGCUCGCAGCUCUGGAGAGAAAAGCCGAUGCCUUGCUGCCCGUGGGUGGCGGGGAGGGGCAGCAGUCGACCUUGAUUUGCAUGUUACUGUGA